CUUCUUCUCAUUCGCAGCAUGAGCUAACAACCCAUCAUGAGUUGAACGUACCUGGGCAUUCAAAUCUCGAGAUUGAAUAUCUUCGUUUCACGAGUCUCGUCAGCUCCCCCACAACUUCAUCUUGCCGACAAUUCUUCAAGCUCAAACCCCCGGGAAACUUAGCUCGUUCUCCUCCCUGUGACUUGGAUUCUUCCACUUCACCAGAAAGACCCCAAGAUGGCUGGUACUCGCUCGCUCCAACAAAUGGCGGAAGGUCGUCUCAUCGGGCAGCUCACAGACGCAGCAACUGGAUAUCAAGCAUCUGCCAAUUUCUCCUGCGGCGGAUCCUUUCCCAUUGAUAUCCGCAGCAUGACUGGCCAUGGAGACUUCACAAGUACGAAGACUCCAAUCAUGUCCCCUCCUGUCAUCACCCGUUGGGAUGCUCCAAGCGGUGAGGUAUCUGGUAGGAUCAUGUUUCCGGUUCCCGAGGGAAAGCAUGAAGUCCUCGAAGAACUUGUUAAGGAUUGCCAACUUGCAACGUUUGGCUACGGUGGUGAGAAUAUCCUUGAUGAUAGCAUUAGAAGUGCUGGGAAGCUGGAAUCUUCUGAGUUCUCGACGAGCUUCAAUCCAUAUAAUUAUGGCAUCGUCGACGCUUUUGCACAGGCACUGCUGUCAGGAAUCGCUAGGCGGGAGGUGAGUGGCGAGAGUACGAACGAGCAGCACUGAGACGUUGUGGCGGAGCUUUACAAACUGAAUGUGUACUCUACCCCAGCUGACAGGUUCAAAGGGUAUGUUAAUACCCCUCGAGGCUUCACACGAUUUGGGUCACUUAUUGUUUGCUUACCGAAUCCCCAUGACGGUAGGGUGCCCCAGUACUUCAAAACGGGACUAACAGUUCCUAGGUAGCCAACUCCGGAUUGCCCACAAAGGUAUAGAGAACCUCUGAUCUAGGCAGCAAGGCCUCGAACGAUUGCUCCAUUCAA